UGCGGUCGAUGUUUUGGUGUUGACAAACAAGCUUGAACAGGGCAGGGGCGAUUUGAUAGAGAGGAAUAAUUCUGGAUUUAUGACAAGCUUCUGGCUUCAAAAGUCAGUCCUUUAUCUGCGCCAUGGAUGUGUCAUUAGGUCUAAUCUCAAAGCUUGUGAAAUGCAAGUCCGUUCAACGUGCAAUGGCACCAAUCGCAUCCCAGGUGUCGUUGUUGAUCAUUUUAACGGAACAAAAUGCGGCUGUGGAUGAUGAAGGUUUGCCUUCUCAAGUGGAGACUUCAAGUCAAGACAGUCGCAGUGUGUCGCUGUGUGCCUCCAACAUGGCUACGUCCAUUGAGCACUUCAUCGCUUUGGGGGAGAGAGAGACAAACACAUCUACAGAUGAAGUCUUCCAAGAGCAGAUGCGAUCAGCGUGUGAGACGCUGGAACUGGCCAAGACUGACCUCUUUGUGUGGUCGCAGCGGUACCAGUCUGACCCCACCGUGACCUCUGGCACACGGAGGUCACUGUGCCAGGCCGCCAAGGAUGUGUUACAGGCAGUGCUUAAGGUCCUUCUUGUGCUAGAUGACAGAGAAAUUCGCCAGAUGGUUGCCAUGGUAACUCAGACAGAGGUUGCCGUGGCCGCGGUGGGGAGGGUGAAGGAGUCGAACCAGCUGCUCCCGUCUUUCAAGCAACUUACGGAGUCCGUGUUGAAGCUGAAGCAGAAGCUGGACGGUAGAGUUCAGGACAUGUGCAGCCGGGCAAGCUGUACGCAGCUGUUGGUGGCUGUCGGCGUGCUGCGCAAGUCUGUUCCCAGCUUGAGCAUGGCUGUUCAAACAGCUCUCAAGUACAGGAGUAACGUUGGUGCGCAGACCAGCAAGGAGUCCGUGGUGCAGGAAAUGCUGAGCUGUCUGUGCAAGAUCCGUGUCCUGCUGCAGUCGGGGGCCCAGGAGGCGGUGGACGACCCCACCAACAGUUUUGUCGCCGUUGUCGACAAGGUGUUGGAUCACCUGGGCGAGGAGCAACGAUCCCCCCUUGACCAGGACAUCGAGUCUGUGGUUGUCUCCCUUGUCCGUCACAGCAUGGCCGUUGCUCACCACCACUGGGGCAGCUACCGCGAGCUCAUCGUCACUUCCUGUCACCGGAUUUUGCAGGGCAAGUUUCGUCUUUUGGAGCUGGACAGUGCUAUGAGGGACAACCCGCAGCACCACAAUAUCAGACUAGAGUAUGACAACACUUGUGAGACUAUUCUAGACGAAGUCUGUGACCUUGAGAAGCACGUGAACAUGACCUUGCUGCAGCUGAUCGUGGAAACCUUCAUGGAGGUGACCCAGCCUCUCGAUAACCUGGUCAAGGCCGCGCUAGGGUACAAGGUGAUGUGUUGAAGAGGCGGAACAAUACGGAUGCCUUACUGCAACAAGGACGACAACAACGAAAGCAGCAACAACAUCAGCAACAACAUCAGCAACAACAACAACGACGACGGCCGCACAAACCAUUGGUCAAGCCGGAUGAACCCACAAGCCCUACGACAACGACCGCUCCAGUCGUCUCCCUUCCCACCGGUGCGACCCCCGCGGUCACUUCUGACGGGCCCUCGGACUCAAAGAAGUUAGCGGACCGGAGUGUCGGCGGGGACAGCGAGCAGCGACCUUCACGCUCCAGCGGCGUGGGCAACGUCCAAUCGUGGCCGGCCGAAUUCGCUGACGACGGAAAGAAUGGACUGGGCGGGGCUGUGGAGGACUUUGACGCUGCGAGCUGACCCAGCUAGUGAAAGAGAUUGAUCGCCAGGCGCCCGAGGUCAUCCAAAAGGCCAAGUUUGUGGUGUCCGGCGACCUGACUGCUCUCACCGACCUCUUAACCGAUGCCGCAGCCUGGGCCAAGAAGCUGGAGCGGGCGCGGAUCAUCGUGGAUGUGGCGGCUGACCGCUGGCUCAUGCUGACGGGUGUCCUGUGCCAGGCCAUACACACGCACGACGGGAUUCAGCUCAAGGUCAUGCCACACGCACGCCCAGUGACCGCUGGCAGCUAGUGCAGGUGAGCCGAGACUGGGCGGUGGCCAUGACCUGUGUGGUGGCCGACCUUGACCUCAUCUCUGACACGAUGGAGGCCCUGGGACGAGAGACGUUUCAGCGGCUACGCGAUAAAGCUGCGAUGAAGGAGUCGCGCCUGGCCGAUACACUGCAAGCUGAGACAAACUCACUGUUGGAGCUGGUGGAUUGUGUGGUGUGUGGAGACGACGCCCUGCGGACUGGUAGCGAGAAGCUGGUCUCAGAGCUGAACGCAGCUUUGGAUGAUGUUACGGCGGUUGCUAGGCAACCAGUCAUGCUGACGGACGUGCCCCAGUACCCUCUCUUCUGCCGACUGAGGAUCGGGCUGGCUCGCAGUCGAUGGAUGGAGAAGGCGGUGGAGGUGCGGGACAUGGUUCGUGACAAGAGCCGAGAGUUCGGAGCCCCGUUGCGACAGUUGAUGGAAGCGAUGAGAGAGUUGACGCAAGACUCAGACGAGACGAGUCGGGACCGUGAACAGACGGAGAGGGACAGACUUUGCCGCCUCUUCCUGGCCACCAGCCGGCAGGUGAAGCAGAAGUCGUUGGCCGUGGUGCAGACGUGUAGCGACUUGCCGCGCCGCGCAGUCAUUCGGGCAACGCUAGACCAGCUGGACAAACUGACGACUGACAUCCUGGCCGCUAUGAAGGGCAGAGAAAGACGCCCAGUUCCUGGACUUCCGGCUGCACAAAUGGCUGGAGACGGACAGGGAAGGGGACGAGGACGAAGAGGUCACGCCCCGGGGGUCGAAGGUCGUUCAGGCGGCCCUGGAGGUCGCGCGGCUCUGCUCCAACAUGACGCUCUUCACAAAGGGAGGCGGCUGCUUUCAGAGGUCGGAGGAAGUGAUCGGUGCGGCGGUGGCCGUCACACAGCACGUGGGCUUGUUGUCCGACUUUGGCCGCACCCUGCAGCGGCUGACCCCUGACCCAAGGCUGGCCUCCAACGCUGAGAUCUGCGGCAGUCAGAUGGGGAACUUUUCCUCGCAGCUCAACAUUAUCGCCACCGCUCUACAGAACUCGGCCCAGUCCGUCGAGGGCGACCGUAUGCUGGCCAGGAACGCCUGCAAUCUCCUGCACUCGGUGCGCCAGCUGUUCCUGACAGCUGAAGCUGUGGCCAUCAAGGGUGUACAGGAGGCGACCAGCAUGGAUGAGAUGACGCAGGAAGUGACCUCACUCAUGUCUCGUUGCCGCGACAACCACCAGCGCUACCUGCGACAGGAAAGGGAGACGAGUCCCGUGGAUGAUCUCGGCCUCCGCAGGGUAGAGCUCCACAACCCGCCCUUGAUGGCAGCCAUGUUGGAUCUCCCAUGAUGCUUUGCUAGCGAUACAGGAUCCAAGUUUUGAUUAUAAUCUUUAUUUUUAGAUUUAUUUUUGGGCUGGUUUGUGCGGUGUAGUAGGUUUGUAGUGCGGAACCAGAUUUGGAAGAUUUCGGUUCAAGUGUCAGUUAUUGUGUAAAGCUGAACUCUUUCACUGCCACGAGCUGUGUGUCACGGCUCUCCACUUCCUGCCUCAAUGCCACACCUACUUUUGUAAUACGGUCCAUGCCGGCUUUAAGCACGGUCAUCGGUAGAAAGCUUAAGCGUGCUUAAAGCCGAAGCGUGCUUGAGUG